CACGCGCUAACCCCAAACUUGCCCCUCCGUAGACAGGAGCACAGGCACUUUUCUACGCCAGGACCCCCAAUCUCUCAAAGCAACCCCUCCCCUGAACGGGACACGACAAUCUUCUCCUCCUUCUUUUUUACUCCAUAUUCUUGCCCUUCUCUCCCCUUCCUCUCCUCCGUUACUUCCCCUUCCUCACUUCCCUCAAUCUUCCCUCGACGUUAAUCGCCAGACCCCAAUUGCCCACACAAAGAUGGCCACCCGUCCCCAGAACAUUGGCAUCAAGGCCAUCGAAAUCUACUUCCCCAGCCAGUAUGUGGAGCAAUCCGAGCUCGAAGAGUUCGAUGGCGUUAGCGCGGGCAAGUACACAAUCGGUCUCGGCCAGACCAAGAUGGCCUUCUGCGACGACCGUGAGGACAUCUACUCGCUCGCCCUGACUGCCGUCUCCCGCCUCCUCAAGAACUAUGAGAUCGACACCAACACGAUCGGCCGCCUCGAGGUCGGUACCGAGACCCUUCUCGACAAGUCCAAGUCCGUCAAGUCCGUCCUGAUGCAGCUUUUCGGCAAGAACACCAACAUUGAGGGUGUUGAUACCAUCAACGCCUGCUACGGUGGUACCAACGCUUUUUUCAACUCCAUCAACUGGAUCGAGUCCUCCGCCUGGGACGGCCGUGACGCCAUUGUCGUCGCUGGUGAUAUCGCCCUCUACGCCAAGGGCAAUGCCCGCCCUACCGGUGGUGCCGGCUGCGUUGCCAUGCUUGUCGGCCCUGAUGCCCCUAUUGCCGUCGAGCCUGGUCUCCGCGGCAGCUACAUGGCCCACGCCUACGAUUUCUACAAGCCCGACCUGACCAGCGAGUAUCCCUACGUCGAUGGUCACUACUCCGUCAACUGCUACACCGAGGCUCUUGACGGCGCCUACCGCGCCUACAACCAGCGCGAGAAGCUCCUCACAAAGGGUGUGAACGGCCACUCCGAGGACAGCACCAAGACCCCCUUGGACCGCUUCGACUACCUUGCCUUCCACGCCCCUACCUGCAAGCUCGUCCAGAAGUCGUAUGCUCGCCUCCUCUACCACGACUACCUCGCCAACCCCGAGAGCCCCGUCUUUGCCGAGGUUCCUCCCGAGGUUCGCGACAUGGACUACAAGAAGUCCCUGACCGACAAGGUCGUUGAGAAGACCUUCAUGGCUCUCACCAAGAAGCGCUUCCAGGAGCGCGUCAACCCCGCCAUCCAGGUCCCUACCCUCUGCGGUAACAUGUACUGCGGUAGCGUUUGGGGCGGUCUCGCCUCCCUCCUCGGCCACGUCGACAGCGCCCAGCUUGAGGGCAAGAGGAUAGGCCUCUUCAGCUACGGCUCCGGUCUCGCUGCCUCUUUCUGCUCUUUCCGCGUCACUGGCAGCACCGAGAAGCUCGCCAAGACCCUCAACCUCCCCGCCAGACUCGCUGCCCGCCGGGCCGUUCCCCCCGAGUCUUACGAUGCUAUGUGCGACCUCCGCAAGCAGGCCCAUCUCCAGAAGAACUUUACCCCCAAGGGUGAGGUCUCUACUCUCGAGCCCGGCACUUACUACCUCGAGAACGUCGAUGACAUGUUCAAGAGGACAUACUCCAUCAAGGCUUAAACGUCUUGAUAAUGGAAAAAGGAAGGGAGGAAUUCGCAUUAUACCACUAUACAUUAAUUAGGCUGGCUUGGGUCAGGCAUAGAGAGUUGGAGACCGCGAUGAUUUCACGUACACUUUGUCAUGACUUUAUGGAGUAAGUGAAACCAGGGGGUCCGGUUGUCUAUCUACUUAGAACUGGGAAGGUUCAAGCAAAGGGGUUGCUGGUUUGAUAUCCAAACGCGCUCUAGAAAGUGGGAGACUUGGGAAGGGAAGGGAAAUAAAGGGAAAGACAGGAAGAAGAAAACAAGCAAAAGCUGAAAAGGCAAGAAAGCUUUGCGAUUCUUCUUACACAUAUUACACAUAUACCUUAUACUAAUACUCAUCGGCGAUCAUGGCCGGUUGAUGGCUCAUCAGGACCGGGGAUUUUAUGUAAAUAUACAUGUUACAUGAUCAAAUCCGAAGAUGAUCAGGACUUGAACAAGACACUUGUACGCAUUU